AUGGCUACAGAUACCCAAAGGAAGACCGUUCUCGUUGUUGGAACUGGCGUCAUAGGUAGUUCAUGGACGACGCUUUUCCUGGCCAAGGGGCAUAGAGUCAUCGUAUCUGACCCAGCUCCUGGCGCUCGAGAGAAGCUUGACCAAUUCAUUCAAUCUGAAUGGCCACGAAUGCAAAGGGUUGGCAUCGUAGAAAAUGCUGAUGCUCGUGCAUACGAAUUUGUCGAAGAUGUCUUUCAAGCAGAGGCAGUCAUGAACGGGGAGAUAGAUUGGGUCCAAGAGAACGCACCUGAACGUCCCAACUUCAAGACAGACCUAAUUGGCAAACUCGACGCUCUUCUACCAAACAAGAACACAAUCAUUGCUUCAUCUUCUUCCGGCAUUCCAUCAUCACAAUUCAUCUCGAAAUGCAAGCACGCAUCUUCUCGCGUAUUGAUCGGGCACCCAUUCAACCCACCACAUCUCAUCCCUCUGGUCGAAAUUGUGCCUCACCAAGACACAUCAUCAGAGUCGGUCGAUAAAGCGAUUGAAUUUUACAAGUUGCUCGGGAAAAGCCCUGUGCUCGUCAAGAAAGAAGUGCCCGGCUUUCUCGCAAAUCGUCUUCAAGCAGCCGUACUCGCAGAAGCGUAUUCACUAGUCUCGCGAGGCGUGGCGAGCGCAGAGGAUGUCGAUACUGCCAUGUCGACUGGUCCGGGCUUGAGAUGGGCAUUGGCAGGGCCAUAUAUGACGAACGUGCUCGGAGGGGGAGCUGGGGAAGAUCCGUUCGGACACUUUAUCAAGCACCUGGGUCCUGCAAUUGAGGGCUGGAAGAAAGACAUGGACGAGAAGAAGUUUGAGUGGCAAGAAACUGAUGUGGAUGGCUUAAUCGAGAAAGUGAAGCCCUUCGUCGACGCGAAAGAUAGAGAAGGUGCAAGAAGAGAUAUGGGUGAUGGCUUGAUCGAAUUGCUGGAAAUGAAGAAGGGAAAGAAUAACUUGGUAUAG